CGCACCGCAUUGCUCAUUAUUAAGGUUAGGAAAACAAUAACACAAACAUUAAAGUGAAAAAAAAUAGUGCCGGACGACGUUAUGUCGCUCUUUUUCCGAAAGAGCUUGCCAAAGCUGCAGCUGCUGCAGCCCUUCAUCCGAAAAGUCAGCAGUACAAUCGAAACCGAUCAUUCCGAGGCUGUGCGGCCUCCAACGUUGGAGUCCAAGUACACGUAUCAGACAGACGUCGAGCCGAUUAUUUCGACAAAGUCGUACCUGGACGAGCACAAAUUUUACCUCAAACCACGCCAACUUUGGCUCGAAAACAUGGACACCGUUGAGGAAAAGAAGCUUGGUCUCGUCACACUGCACCCGGAGAUAUUCGGAGCUCUGCCGCGAAUCGACAUCAUUCACGCAAACGUCCGCUGGCAAAAGCUCUAUCGCUUUGUCUCGUACGCAAACACCAAAACUCGCGCAGAAGUCAGAGGAGGAGGUCGCAAGCCAUGGCCCCAAAAGGGCUUGGGUAAAGCUCGACAUGGCAGCAUCAGGUCGCCCCUGUGGCGCAAAGGUGGAGUUGUGCACGGCCCUAGAUCGCCAACACCUUACUUCUACAUGCUGCCCUUCUAUACGCGAGUUAUGGGCUUAAAAGCCACACUGUCUGUCAAAUUGGCUCAGGAUGAUAUGCACAUAGUGCCAGACUUGGAACUGCCGACCGAUGAUCCUGAAUUCAUCCAAGAACUAGCCAAGGCAAGGAGUUGGGGACCCUCUGUCUUGUUUGUUGACAGCAGCGACAUUAUGCCACAGAACAUGGCAAUGGCAGUUGAUUCUAUCAAACAUUUCAACUUGAUGCCUGUCUAUGGCUUGAACGUUUACAGCAUGUUAAAACACGAUACAUUAGUUUUAACUCUAAGUGCUGCCAGGCUUAUUGAAGACAAAUUAGUUUAUCACCUCAAUAGAAUGGAUCCUCUACAGGUAAACAAAAAGUAAACUUAAAUAUAAUUAAGUUUAUGUCAAAUUAAAAUAAGAUUUUUACACUAAGAAUCAUCACAAGCAAGGUCAGUCAUUGUUAAAUACUUAA